CUGGUUAAUGUCGGAGAUCAACAAGGCAACCGCCGAAAAUGGAUCCACUUAUUUGAGACCGUAAAUGUGGUUCUCUUCUUCGCCUCUCUCGUUGAUUUCAUAGAACCAAGUACUGUUCCACAGUUGCAAACGAAGUUGGAUGAAAGUCUUGAGUAUUUUCGGUUUGUGCUGGAUUCCCUGCCUCUCUCCCGAAAAGACGCGAUACUUUUCCUCACAAAAAAAGACAUUCUUUCCGCUAUACUCGCAGCAGGAAACACUAACACGCCGAUUAGUCAUCCUGAGCUCCGAGGUGUGACCGAUCCGAAACUCUGCAUUACUAAUCAGCAAAAGCUUUUCUUAUCAAAAUGCACCGAUAGGGGACAGAAGUCCGGUCGUGUGUUUUCCCAUACCGUGUGCCUACUUGAUAUCGACGAAAUGAAGGGGACAACGAGGACCGCGCUAAAAGAUGUGCUGGAUGCCAACUUCCGCCGUCAUGCAAUGUUUUGA